AUGAACUGCCAAACCGUCCAGGACCGUGACGCUUUGGAGGACCUAACUCUUCGUGUUCCAAGUUCUGAACGCCACAGAAAUCAAUUCUUGCAUAACAUCCUGGCUCUAUCUGACCGACUUGAUGUCGGAUAUUCUGAGGAAAAUCAAGUCAAGCAUAUGCUCGACGGUGUUUCAUCUGUCGUCAACGAACUCAGCAAAUCUCCAAAAGAGGUUUUACCACUUAUCCUUCUCACAAUUGGCAUUGCAGCACUAGAAAAGCGCUUCAGGAAUUCUUAG